GGAGCGUUAAUUAAAAGUUUUGAAACGAUAGAACGGUUGGAAAUGGAUAUGUGUGAUUCUUCAUUUCUGGAAAGGCCAGAAGCUGACUUGAUUGGUUCCUUUUCCACUUUUAAUCAUCAAUAUCAACAAAGUACAUCUUCAGAAGAAGGUUGUGAUCAGCAGCAUCUGAAUAAUUCGGCAAAGAAACUGAAUUUAUCAUCUUUUAAUCACUCUGAAUGUACUCCUCCUCAAUGUUUAACUCAAUUUCCAGCACCUCACAGUGUUAGAACGCGUGCUAUGACUUCGACUUCGACUUCUACUUCGAAUGUAUUAUUGGAUUCACCCAUAUCAGAAUCAAUUAAUUCUUUAUUUCCAUUAAUGAUUCCAAUUCCACAAAUUGUAAAUAUUGUAUCCUCUGUAACUCUCGGUUGUUGGCUCGACUUGAAGAAUAUCGCUCGUCGUUCAGAAAAUGCAACAUAUAAUCCACGGCGAAAUGGAUCCGUUAUCAUGAAAAUAAAAAAUCCAUACACUACGGCCAUUAUCUUUAGAACGGGAAAAAUUAUAUGUACAGGAGCAAAAAAUGAAAUAGAAUCAAGCAUCGCUGUCAGGAAAUUUGUAAAAAUCAUUCAAAAAUUAGGUUAUCGUAUUCGAUAUUUUGAAUUUAAAAUUCAAAAUAUAGUUGGAAGCUGUGAGGUCAGAUUCCAAAUUAAUCUGGAAUUGUUGGCCAUAGCUUAUGCUAAAUUUAGUAAAUACGAACCUGAACUUUUUCCGGGACUUGUAUAUAAUAUGGAAAAUCCAAAUGUUUUACUUUUAAUUUUUCAAUAUGGUAAAAUAGUUAUUACAGGAACGAAAGAGCGCAUUGAUAUCUACUGUGCUUUUAAUAAAAUUUAUCCAAUUCUAUAA